AUGAAAGUUAUUCGAUCAAUAUUCUUUCUCAGGAAAAUUCAAAACAUUCGCUUCUUUACGGUUAGUUCUUCACUUCGCGGGCACAAAUGGUUCCCUGACGCGGAGUAUGUGAAGCAGUACAGUGGUCCAGCUAUAUGGAGCACACCUGAAAUGGAGAAAUAUUACACACCGAUCUAUCACGGGAGACUUCCACCUGUUGAACGAAAAUUGAAAAAUAUGUGGAUCAACUUUGGUCCACAACAUCCAGCCGCACACGGUGUGUUGCGACUAAUCCUCGAACUGGAUGGUGAAACAGUAGUAAGGGCUGAUCCCCAUGUCGGAUUCUUACACCGUGCCACGGAAAAACUCAUGGAAAAUAAACAUUAUAAUCAAAGCCUGCCCUUCAUGGACCGUUUAGACUACGUGUCGGCCCUUGCAAAUGAACAGACCUUUGCUUUAGCCGUUGAAACGUUAGCCAACAUUGAGGCACCCCCCAGGGCGAAAGCGAUUCGAGUUCUGUGUACUGAGCUUAGUCGGGUAGCCAACCAUUUAUUGAAUGUGGCUGGCACUGUUUUAGAUGCAGGUGGUAUCACACCUUUUUUUUGGACGUGUGAAGAGAGAGAAAAACUAUAUGAGCUGUUCGAAAGGCUAUGUGGAGCUAGGGUUCACUGCGCUUAUAUAAAAGUCGGUGGCGUGUCUCAAGAUCUGCCGAUCGGGUACCUGGAUGACGUCUAUGAGUUUUGUAGUAAAAUGGGAGAACGUUUAGAUGAAAUGGAGGACCUAGUUACGGGCAAUCGCUUAUAUUAUGCUAGAACAGCAGGCAUCGGCUCUUUUAGUGCUCACCAAGCGAUCAAUUUAGGUUUCAGCGGACCGAUGUUACGCUGCACUGGUGUUAAAUGGGACUUAAGAAUCGUUCAUCCGUAUGACGGUUACGAUCAAUACGAUUUCGAUGUUCCCGUGGGAACGUAUGGUGAUUCUUACGACCGACAUCUUUGUCGCUUGGAAGAAACUCGACAGGCGUUGAGAAUUCUAAAUCAAGUCAUCGAUACUAUGCCCGAGGGAGAGUAUAAAACGGACGAUUCUAAAUACUGUUUGCCGAGUCGAGUAGAAAUGAAGACUUCCAUGGAGUCUCUGAUUCAUCACUUUAAGUUGUGCACGGAGGGCUAUCCGGUGCCGCCGGGGUACACGUACACGGCGACCGAGUGUCCGAAGGGCGAGCUGGGGCUGUACAUGGUGGCGGACGGCACGUCGCGGCCCUACCGCGUGGGUAUGCGCCCAUGCUCCUACAUCCACCUCGCGGGCAUCGCAGUCUUCGGCAAAGGACUGUAUUUAGCCGACAUAUCUAUCAUUGUCGCUAGUAUAGAUGUUGUUUUUGGUGAUGUUGACCGCUAGGUCUCAGAUAUUGUAUUGGAAAUAAUAAUCCAUCUAUUUGCGUGAAAAUAAUUUAUUUAACAAUUCUUUA